GAUAUAAUUGACAGGGUUAAGUGUAGAAACACUUGAGUGAGAAUAUGGUGACAAAGUUUGAAGAUAUUUAACAAUAACCAUAAUUUUUUUUAGCGGCUCAGUUCUUCUUCUGUGGACUUUCAGUGAAAAAAAGGUGUUAAGAGGAAGUAUUUCAGAGAAGGUAUUUGAGCUCUUGAGUUAGUGUUGUCAGCUGAGAGACCGUGGCAUAUGCACACAGGUCAGCCAUGAAGAGUGUGAAACAGAGGAACCGUGUACUGAUGUACCGGGGUAAGAGCGAUUUUUCAAAAUGUGAUAUUUUAAAUGCAGCUUUACAAAGUAGUAUAGCUGUUUUAUUGAGAAAGUUUAUUCAGAAAAACAAAAAAAGAGUUUGUGAAAAUAAGAUUCAUUCUCUUUUCAGAGUCCUGUAAUGUAAUGAGAGACAUAUUUUUCCUCUGUGUUCCAGCCUGUCUGCUCCUGGCCUUUUCUUCACCUGCUGCAGGUCAGUCCAUGGGCUCUUGUAACACCGAGAUUCCUUAUAUUUGAAAUCCCUCAUGACCAACAGUGCUGUAACAUGUAACGUUCCUUUUUGUGGUUCCAGAGUUACCUCUCCAAUGUGUAAAAGCUGGAAAUACUCAGUCUGAGUUUAUAACAGUAACAAAAGGUGUUCCACAAGGAUCAGUUUUAGGACCCAUCUUAUUUUGACUGUAAUAUUCAUCUUUAUGCAGAUGAUACUGUUUUAUAUUGUUCUGCCAAUUCUUUACAUCUCUUGUUGUUCCAUCAAUCUACAGUCAUGUUUCUGUGCUCUGUGUCCAGGUUUUCAGGUCAGGCUGAGUGGGUCUAAAUCUUCCUGCUCUGGAAGGGUUGAGGUCUUCAUAAAUGAUACCUGGGGAACAGUCUGUGAUGACGGAUGGGACUCACGGGAAGCUGAGGUGGUGUGCAGACAGCUAAAUUGUGGGAAAGUACUUGAUGAUCCCAGAAGAUCUGCCUUUGGUUAUGGAUCAGGCCCAAUCUGGUUGGAUGAUAUUUCCUGUUCAGGAAAUGAAAGGUCUUUAUCUGAGUGUCGACAUAAUGAAUUUGGAAAUCAUAACUGUGGACACAGUGAGGACGCUGCUGUGACCUGUUCAGGUAGGAAAAAAUUAUAUUAAGAUAGGACUGUCGAUAUAAAUGGAAGUAGUAUCAAUAUCGGCAGUCCAUGAUCCAACCUGACCAAAGUGUUCCACAUCAAAGGAGGGUCCAAGAUUGAUCAUUCAUUUGCCAAUAGUUCACCCCAGUCAUAUUGCCCCCUAAUGACACCAGGAAAUGUCAAGCUUAGCUCCGUCUGUGAGGGCUUGCCAAGGACCCACCAUUUUAUGAAAACUCAAUUAUUCUAAUAACUUUUAAAUCUACUUUUGUAUAACUCACCAUGUUCAUUUGAGGAGGACUGAAUUCUUUCAGAGGAGUGAAUUUAAAUGUGCUUUUUCUGGAAAUGGCAUAAAUGUGGACCAGUACUGACCUACAGCCAACUAUUGCCAACUCCCUGUUGGGUUAAAGGCAUUGGUUCGAGCAGAUUUUUUGUAGAUUUUGAUGUGACAAAUUUGUGAAGCAAGACCCAUGAUUGAAGCUUAAAAUAAUCUCUGUUAGGAGGGCUGUUUGAGGAGGGGAGGGUAUCAAGCUAAGUUUUGCAAUUUAAAACAAAAAUCGCCAAAAAUAUCAAAAUUUCACGAGUUUUUGGGAAUGUCCAAGGCCCAGAACUUGGGAGAGAGAGAGAGAGAAAAGAAAAUAUCAGAUAGAAUAGAGUCCUCGAGUCGCACACUUUGUGUUUGGAGUUAAAGAUACAAAGGUUUUCAAUCCUGCUCUUACUAUUUGGUGCUUGGGCUCCAAAAAUCACAUGAUAAAGAUCAAGUAUGUUCUAUCUUCUUACAGUCAUGUUUCUGUGCUCUGUGUCCAGAUUUUCAGGUCAGGCUGAGUGGGUCUGAGUCUUCCUGCUCUGGAAGGGUUGAAGUCUUCAUAAAUGGUAUCAAGGGAACAGUCUGUAAUGACGGAUGGGACUUGCAGGAAGCUGAGGUGGUGUGCAGAGAGUUGAAUUGUGGGAAAGCAGUGGACACUCCUAAAGGACCUGUCUUUGGUGAUGGAUCGGGCCCAAUCUGGCUGAAUGGAGUUUCCUGUUCAGGAGGUGAAAGGUCUUUAUCUCAGUGCCGACGUAAUGGAUUUGGAAAACGUAACUGUGGACAUGGAGAAGAUGCUGCUGUAAUCUGUUCAGGUAGGAAGAGUUUAUAUUAAAAUAGGGCUGUCAAUAAAAAUGUGUCAAUCAUCAAUCAAUCAAUCAAGCAAGCAUACAAACUUUAUUUAUAAAGCACUUUUCAUACGAUAAAAGUAGCACUAAGUGCUGUCCAUUUAAGGACACAAGCAGAUAAAUGUCAGGGGAUACAAAAUUAGAAAUAAAAAACCCCACCCAUCCUUCCUACACACAUUCAACUCACACACAACACUCACAUGUGCACACAAACACACAGAGAAACAUACUCACACACGCACACACACACACACACACACACACACACACACACACACACACACACACACACACACACACACACACGGACACCAAGUGAGGACUGUUUAAACUGCCACAGAAGACUAAGGAAGUGCUAACUUGAAGUAAAAAAGAAGGAAACACAGGACCUAAGACUAACUGAUAAAAGUGUGAUUAGAUAUAACAAAGGUAUUAAAACGUUUAGAGUUGAUUAAAAUAAAACAGUCUUAAAACCGAACAGUAAAAGUAAAUAAGUAAGUAAUUAAACACAAAAUACUAACUCUAAAUCUAAAAUAAAGUAUAAACACAUGACGCAGAUUAAGAGAUUAAAACAAAAAUCAGCUAAAAGCCAGACUAAAAGGUAGGUCCCUAACCCUCCUUUCCAAAUAUGAACAGCAGGUGUCGCUCUCAGGUCUGCAGGUAGACUGUUCCACAGAUCAGGGCCAUAAUAUUGAAACAGUGAUUUACUGAAGAAAUUAAAAGACCACUAUCUGAAAACCUGAGGGCUCUACGGGGCUCAUAUUCAAAAGCAAAUCAGAUAAAUAGGACGGACCAAGACGGCUGAGGGAUUUAAAGGUCAGCAAAAUGCCCCAAGUUUUGAUUUUGACUGAAUUCUUGCCACAAUACUUCAAACUGUUCAAUCCCACAUAAACAUAUCUGUAAAACGUUUCCUGUGUUAAUACCAAGUCCCAGCCUGAACACAUCCAUGUUUGAAAACCAGUAAAGUACUGCCUACUGGCAACAGGAAGUUACUGCUGCACAGUCAUGUUUCUGUGCUCUGUGUCCAGGUUUUCAGGUCAGGCUUAGUGGGUCUGAGUCUUCCUGCUCUGGACGGGUUGAAGUCAUGCCUAAUGGUACCUGGGGAACAGUCUGUGAUGACGGAUGGGACUUUCGGGAUGCUAAUGUGGUGUGCAGGCAGCUGAAUUGUGGCAAAGCACUUAAUAUUCCUAGAGGAUCUAUCUUUGGUAAUGGAUCAGGCCCAAUCUGGAUGGAUGAUGUUUCCUGUUCGGGAGAUGAGAGGUCUUUAUCUGAGUGCCAACAUAAUGGAUUUGGUAUUCAUAACUGUGGACACAGUGAGGACGCUUCUGUGAUCUGUUCAGGUAGGAACAUUUUUAUAUUCAAAUUGGACUGUCUAUAUAAAUCUGUCAAUAACGUGUGAAUGCAAAUUUCUUCAUACCCUCCAAAAGUUUUGAGUUUAUCCUGACUUUUGUUUUUAUGAAAAGGUAUGUUAGCUGAAACCCUCGUCAGUGAGUGAGGUUGUGGUGAGCUUUAAGAGAUAGGCGUUUUGUCAUGAAACAGGAAGUAGUAUUAAUCUCGGCCAUACCACAGACUUUAUAUUGAAUUGACGUCAUCUGUGUUUUCGCUGGGUCUUUGAGCAAUUUUUCCUGAGACUUUUUUCUCUGCAGUUUCAUUUUUUAAAGAUAUUAAGGGCUAUAAAAACAUUAUAUUUCCUAUGAUUGACACAUGAUACAGUCAAUGGGCGUAUGGAGAUUGUGUUGAACAUCCAGGGUAUGCGCUGUUUGGCAGAGCUUCAUUGCGAUGUUCUCCUGCUGAACACUACUGCGCAAAUGCCAGUUUCAGGAAAUAGAGAAAGUUCCCGGAAAUACAGGAAGCAUUUAGGCUUCAAAUUGGCAAAAUGACGGGGUGUGGUCAAGUUGUCCUUGGCCUAUACAGUCCAUGAGCUAUAUAUACUCUGAUCUGACCAACAUGUUCCACAUCAACAGAAAGUCUAAGCUCAACUGUUCAUAUGCCGAUAGUUCAUCCCUGUCAUAUUGCCCCCUAGUGGCAGCAGGAAAUAUCAUGCUUAGCUCUCUUACCAGAAGCUUUGAGACCACUGACCUAGCCUGGCUGGGCCAUCCAGUUGCGUGAAUCACUUGCCGUUCCUUCCCACAACAGUCUGGACUUCGGCCAAUUGGGAGCGUGUAUUAGAAAUCAGAAAAUAAGCGGGCCAAUCAGUGACUGUGUUUCCAUUGUUCCCGGGACAACAGGGAAAGGCAGCCCCUGAUUGGUCCAUGUGUAGAUGGUGACGUCUCACACAUGCUGCGGGACCUUUCAAAGCGCUGUUCAUUCAGAACGCCGUUAAUUCUGCAGUUGACUUUGCGAAGUCGGCAGAAAUCCUUUAUAUCCGCAGAAGAAGACGUAAAAGACAUUGUUCUCUUGCACACAUUGAAAUAUUACCAAACCUUUACUUGAUGCUUGAGAGCCCAGCAGGGAACACAGUUGCGCACUGUGAUGACGUCUGAUGCUUGGUUACGGUGAUUGGUUACAGUAGUCUGUCUAUCAAGGAAAGUACUCCCAGCCACUUUUAGGGCUCCCAAUUGGCCGAAGUCCAGACUGUUGUGCGAAGGAACAGUAAGGGAUUCACACAACUGGAUGGCUCAGCCAGGCUACCAUUGACCAUAUCUACAUCACUUUUGCACUGGAUAACCCUGAGGUGUUGGUCUUCCUACGUAUGUAUCAAAAACUGUGAAUUUUCACCACAGAUCAUGGUCAGCAAAGUGCUCCAAAUUUUUUAAAGGCGCUAAAUUACCAAUAGAGUCACCAAAUGUGGUCUUCAAUUGCCCACUGGCCCACUGUUAGCAGUUUGGUGGCAGUGGCUCUAAGACUUCCAUGGGGAGACACCUGUCUCUGAGGACUUGCAGAGGACCCGCCUUUUAAUAAAAAAUCAAUAAUAACCCUCUCAUAACUUUAAUUCUUUUUUUGUACAAGUCACCAUGUUCAUUAGAAGAGACAUGAUUCCUUUAAGAGGAAUGAAUUUAAAUAUGCACAAAAUAUGUCCCAUCUAGUUACAGUCAUGUUUCUGUGCUCUCUGUCCAGGUUUGCUGGUCAGGCUAAAUGAGUCUGAGUCUUCCUGUUCUGGAAGGGUUGAAGUUUUCACAAAUGAUUCCUGGGUGACAGUCUGUGAUGACGGAUGGGACCUGCAGGAAGCUGAGGUGGUGUGCAGACAGCUGAACUGUGGGAAAGCACUUGGUGCUCAAGGAGGAUCCUUCUUUGGUAAUGGAUCAGGCCCAGUCUGGUUUGAUGGAGUUUCAUGCUCAGGAAAUGAAAGCUCUUUAUCCAAGUGCCAAUUUAACGGAUUUGGAAGACAUGAUUGUGGACACGGUGAAGAAGCUGCUGUGAUCUGUUCAGGUAGGAAAAGUUUUACAUUCAGAUUGGACUGUGACUGUAAAUGUGUCAAUAACAUGUAUGGGUUUUUCCUUUUAGUUUAUCUUAACUUUUGUAUUUUGUCCUUGUCAGUGAGCGAGGCUGAGGUGAGCUUCAAGAGACAGGCUUUCAGUGAUGAAACAGGAAGUAGUUUGAAUAUCGGCAAUACAUGAUCCAACCUGACCAAAGUGUUCCACAUCUAAUGAGGGUCCAAGCUCGAUCAUUCAUAUGCCAAUAGUUCAUCCCAGUCAUACUGCCCUCUAGUGGCAGCAGGAGUUGUGAUUAGCUCUCUGACCUUAAGUUUGAUGAGCAUUGAACAAAUCUACACCACUUUUGCACAGGACAACCUUGAGGUGUUGGUCUUCGUAAAUAUGCACAAAAUAUGUUCCAUCAAUCUACAGUCAUGUUUCUGUGCUCUGUGUCCAGGUUUGCAGAUCAGGCUGAGUGGGUCUGAGUCUUCCUGCUCUGGACGGGUUGAAGUCAUGCCUAAUGGUACCUGGGGAACAGUCUGUGAUGACGGAUGGGACUUUCAGGAUGCUAAUGUGGUGUGCAGGCAGCUGAAUUGUGGCAAAGCAUUUAAUAUUCCUGGAGGAUCCUUGUUUGGUAAAGGAUCAGGCCCAAUCUGGCUGGAUGAUGUUUCCUGUUUGGGAGAUGAGAGGUCUUUAUCUGAGUGCCAACAUAAUGGAUUUGGAAAACACAACUGUGGACACAAAGAGGACGCUGCUGUGAUCUGUUCAGGUAGGAAAAGUCAAAGUCAAGUCAAUAUUAUGUAGGGACAGGUGAGUCUUGGUAACUUUUUUCAUGGGUCUGGUAUUUCUUAAUCUUUUCCCUUUUGAAUCCAGAUGCACUGCAGCUGAGUAUCUCCCUGACGUCCCCUAACGAAGGGCUGGUCUGGACUCCUGAAGGUGCAGAGGUCACCAGGGGUUACAGUUUUGUUGUCACCUGCUCCACUAACGGCCGGUAUUUUGAUGGCCAGUUUUCUCUCCUCUCGUCCAGCUCCAACAUCGGUUGGUUUUUCACAAAAGCUGUCAAUCACUCAGUGUCCUUUGACUUCCCUGUGGCUGAGUAUGAAGACCAAGGCAACUACAGCUGUGUGUUUGAGGAUAAACUGCAUACACGAAGGUUCAAAUCUAUUGAGACAGCACCACUCAGGGUCGUGAUUAAAUGUAAGUAGACUGUUAAUGGUCCAUGGUCUCUGAAUGUUGUAAUCGUUGGAUAUUUUGUUUUUUAUUUGUGAUCUGGAAACCGAAUAACUGUCGUUUUAGUUUUAGUCCUUUAGGCCCUUGUUUUCAUCAUAUCUUACUCUGAUUUAAAGAUUCUGUGACCAAGACUUGCUACUCUUUCUGCCGGAGGAAUUUCACGAUUUACUUUUACUCUGAAAAUUUUAACCCGCCACUUCUGCUUGCUGUCUAACCACCUGUUCGGUCUCUGACUGAAAUGAGAAACGAUUAAAGGAGUACGAGAAAAACAAAAUCCAAACAAUUUCAGGCGCAUCUCCACCUUUCAGUAGAACAUUAAACAAGAGUUAAAUUAAGAUGUUUUAAUUGUUACAUAUACUUUUCUUCCCCCUCUAUAGCUUCUCAGUAUCUUCCAGUGUCUGCUGUAGUUCGGAUCGUGCUCUUGCUAACAUUGACGCUGGUGGUGUUCUUUGUGGUCUGCAAACAAAGACAACAGGCGAAGCAGUCUGGUACAAACUCACUGUGCUCACCAUGAUACACAGUUUCACUGUUUUGGAUACACACUAUCUCAGAAUCUCUUUUGAGUACUUCCAUGUUGUUCCAAUGUUUCUGUUUCAGAGACUGCUGCAGUGGAGUACCAUUGUGAACAUGAGCGGGUGGACUUUGCAGAUAUUGAGCCAGUGGGACAAGGUGGAAGAGAAGAAAACUCAUGAGGACCUGAGGAGAUCGUUUUUUUUGUUUUUAUCUGAUUCACUCUGAGAAAACCCCAGAAACCACAAACAGCAAUGUUUUAAAUCAAAUGUGACGUUUUAAAUGUUCAGAUUUUCUUCACUGGUCACUCAGGUAACCAGGCGAUGAGGGUGUGAUGGUGAAAUUAGCCACAAGCACAAUAUUCUUAAAUUCCGCUUCUGCAGCAUAUAUCUCUCAGAGUAAUGUUCUUAACUGGAGCUAUGCAUCAUGGGUAAACUAUAAAUGUGGACAUUUGCCAAGACCAGACAUACAUCAUAUAUCAAAGUGUGUUUAAGUGUAUUUUAUCGAGUUUUGAAGUUGUUUCUUUCUCUCUUUGGUUGUAUGAUAUCUCUCUCUCUCAUCUCUAAACCAGUUCAGUCUCAGCAGAUGACCUUUUAACAUCAGUCUGGUUCUGCUCAAGGUUUCUACCUGUUAAAAUAGUUUCUUCCUCUCCACUGUAACUUGUUAAAUGCUGUAAAGGGUUUGAAGGUGUGAUGAGAGUGAGUCUGGCGCUCAUUCUUAUCCCAUCUUCACAUAGAGUGCAGUCUAGACCAGCUUUUUCCAUUUAUUUUUGGUCUUUUUUUUAACCUCCAGUCUGUUUUGAGUAAUGCUGUAAUAUCAAAUUAAUAAAAUAUUCCUUACACGUGUGA